CUGCCAAACCGGGGGGAAAAAUCAAGAGCUGCGCUUUUAAACGAAGUUGCCCUUGCUGGUGUUCAGGGUAAAAAUAGAGGCGGCCGCUUGGACCGGCUUGGCCCUGAGUCCAGGCGUCCCGCGAGCCGGGCUGGAGCUUCGCAUUCGGGAGUGAUCCCUGGAAACUGCCAGCAGGUGCUGCUCAAGAGAAUUUGCUGAAGAGGAGAAGGAAAAAAAAAAAAAAAAAGUCCAAAAAGAACCUGUGCGUGAGGGAGGGGGAAGGAAAAGCAGGGCCUUUAAAGAAGGCAACCUCACGACUUUUGCUGCCAGGAUGCCCUUGCUUUGGCUGAGAGGAUUUCUGUUGGCAAGUUGCUGGAUUAUAGUGAGGAGUUCCCCCACCCCAGGAUCCGAGGGGCACGGCGCAGCCCCGGACUGCCCGUCCUGUGCGCUGGCCACCCUUCCGAAGGAUGGACCUAACUCUCAGCCAGAGAUGGUAGAGGCUGUCAAGAAACACAUCUUAAACAUGCUGCACUUGAAGAAGAGACCCGAUGUCACCCAGCCGGUGCCCAAGGCGGCGCUUCUCAACGCGAUCAGAAAGCUUCAUGUGGGUAAAGUGGGGGAGAACGGGUACGUGGAGAUAGAGGACGACAUUGGCAGGAGGGCCGAAAUGAAUGAACUCAUGGAGCAGACCUCGGAGAUCAUCACCUUUGCGGAGUCAGGCACAGCCAGGAAGACACUGCAUUUUGAAAUUUCCAAGGAAGGCAGUGACCUGUCAGUAGUGGAGCGUGCAGAAAUCUGGCUCUUCCUGAAAGUCCCCAAGGCCAACAGGACCAGAACCAAAGUCACCAUCCGUCUGUUUCAGCAGCAGAAGCACCCACAGGGCAGCUUGGACAUGGGGGAUGAGGCCGAGGAAAUGGGCUUAAAGGGGGAGAGGAGUGAACUGUUGCUAUCAGAGAAAGUGGUCGAUGCUCGGAAGAGUACCUGGCACAUCUUUCCAGUGUCUAGCAGCAUCCAGCGCCUGCUGGACCAGGGAAAGAGUUCCCUGGAUGUGCGGAUUGCUUGUGAGCAGUGCCAGGAGAGUGGUGCCAGCCUUGUGCUCCUGGGCAAGAAGAAGAAGAAAGAAGUGGACGGGGAUGGGAAGAAGAAAGACGGAAGCGAUGGAGCGGCUGAAGAGGAAAAGGAACAAUCACAUAGACCUUUCCUCAUGCUGCAGGCUAGGCAGUCAGAAGACCAUCCUCACCGCAGGCGUAGGCGGGGCUUAGAGUGUGAUGGCAAGGUCAACAUCUGCUGUAAGAAACAGUUCUUUGUCAGCUUCAAGGACAUUGGCUGGAAUGACUGGAUCAUUGCUCCCUCUGGCUAUCAUGCCAACUAUUGUGAGGGUGAGUGCCCAAGCCACAUAGCAGGCACCUCUGGGUCCUCACUCUCCUUUCACUCAACAGUCAUCAACCACUACCGCAUGAGGGGUCAUAGCCCCUUUGCCAACCUUAAGUCAUGUUGUGUGCCCACCAAGCUGAGACCCAUGUCCAUGCUAUAUUAUGAUGAUGGUCAAAACAUCAUCAAAAAGGACAUUCAGAACAUGAUUGUGGAGGAGUGUGGCUGCUCCUAGAGUUGCCAGGUCCCAGAGGAAAUGGAUCUAGAAAGUCCAGAGAAGACAGUGGCAAAAUGAAGAAAAAAUAUAAGAUACCUGAAUUAAACAAAAACAAUCAGAAAAAUAGAAAUAAAAAACCCCACAAAAACAAAAACUAAACUGAGAACAAACAUAAUGAAACAGAUGAAGGAAGUUGUGGAAAAAUAUCCUAAGCCAGGGCUCAGAGAUGAAGCAGUGAAGGAAACAAGGAUUGGGAGGAAAAGAGAGAAUGAUGUACCCUUUAUUUCUUCCAAAACCAAACUGAUUGCAUCAGUUUUAUCAGACUGGGUAUUGUCCUCUCUCCUGCCUCUUGCGGUUCCCUUUUGAGCCUGGAAGUCUACUUGUCUAUUCUGCAGUAAUGUGGGCUAGUACAACCCAAAUAACGUCUAGAAAGCCAUGAGUUUUAAAGGGCCAGUCCCACCCAGUUACCCAGGUCAUAAGUAUGUCUAUGUGACAUUAUCUCUGUGUAUUUUACACAAGCCCAGGCAUGUGGGCUUGAGCACACACACACAUGCACAGGCACACACACACACACACACACACACACACACACACACACACACACACACAGAGGUAUUUCCAAACACCACAUGCAUACACAUACUGGUAAAAGAAGAAUUCUGUGCGGGUGGUCACAUUUUCUUUUCUGUACCACUUUUGCCACAAGACAAAAAUCAACAUAAAACAUUGAGAACAAGAACGGAAAGAGUGAAAGAUCAAGGAAAAAAGAAUACCAAGUUACAUUUCGUUAAGGUGCUUAUGAUCUUAGAACUAUGCAACCUAAUAGGUUUGAAACUGUUUACCUGAAAGAGGACAAAAAGAGAGACUUUUUUGUAUUGGAAGUAACCUGAUUAAUUUUUAUUUUCUUCAAGGAGAGAUACUUGAAAGGAAUAUGUUUGUCCAUCUGUUGGAUUCAAACAUUUCUAUAUUUUGUAAAUGUUGUUUUUUUAUCGUUUACUAUUUGCACUACAAUGGUGUUUGACCUGUCUAAUCCUUAUUUAACAAGUAUUUUCUUUGGGUGGGGGUGGGGGUGGGGUUCAAGAGCUGCACUUCAUGUGAGCUAUAAAAGAACUGCUACAGCACACAAAAUAGCUAUUUUUAUUAUUAUAAUUAUAAUUAUUAUUAUUAUUUUGUACCUUAAAAAUAGACACAUACACCAAAGACAUUUGUGUGAGCCUUUAAGCAGUCUGUCUGUGGUUGGUAUUGUUCACCAUCAAUGAGUCAGGGUUGAGAUUUAAGGUUGAGUUAGGUGGGUUGUGUUCAGGCUUAAAAGACCUGAGAGGUUUGAGUUUUGACUCGUUUUACAUCCACGAAACAGGACAUUUCAUACUGGAUGUACAGUAGUGUACACUGUUGGAUUAUCAAGUUCAAAUUCAUGAGACUACAUGCUUUUAUGUGUAUAUAUACAUUGCUUGUGCAUAUGCAUACCUGUGUGUGUAUAUAUACAUGUAUUGUACCAUGUCCAUACACAUUUUAAGCACUUCAGGCUGUCAUUUUUUUAAAUGUUCUUAAAACAAUGAAUGUUUGUGUGCAAAACACAGUAUUUUUAAGAAGGAUAA